AUGGAAAGGCCAUUAGCGUUGGUGUUCUUAACAUUACAGGUGGGUACUUUUAUUAAUCGAACCUUGACCCUUUGACCCCAUUCUUUUGUGAAAGCCCGAGUUAUUCUUGGGGAAACAAUGGAAAGAAUAGAUAACCUUGACGAGACUUGGGGUGUUAUUUAUAACGCUUGGUUUAAUUAUUCCAGAUAUUCCGAUGUCAAGGAGCCUACAAUAAUCUGGAUAACUCGGUCAUCGGUAGGUUUGUGUGACCUAUUUGAAACCUUUAAUUGUCUCACACAUCAUAAACUGCAUGCGCAAUGUUUAGGCUCUCCGAUCGUGCGUUGUGAGAAGGAGUAUAUCCAUUUCUCCGUUCCCACCAAAAAGCCAUUUAAUGGCAGAGUUUAUGUGAAAGGCGAGAAUCAGAAUCCGCACUGUGUCAAAAUCUAUGGAGCAGAAGAAGGACAGGAUGGAGACACCCGGAGGCAUUCCGAAGAAGAGCGAUCAAACAAUUUGAGGAAUGAUUUCAGCGAGAAGAAUGGGGGAUUACCGGAGCUCGAAGAGAACCAGUGGCACCAUUUCUUGAAGGGAGGGAAACCCGCAUUGGAUUCACCCAGAAGGGCAGCUCAGGAUCGACAGAGAAGUUCAUCUGAUUGUCCACUGGUCUGUCCUCCACCAGUAGAUUGCUCCAGAAAACGGAGGGAUCUCUCAUAUCGGGCUGAACUGGAUGUCCAAUUGGACUCGUGUAAUACAAUCAGAGAUCGAGUGGUGAGACAUCUAACACGUUUAAAAACACAGCGACUUACAAAAACAUAUUUUCCAGGUAAAUCCGCCCGGUGUUCACAUCUCCUUUGUUGUCGUUGUCAGUUUUCACAACAGCUUUGUUACUAAAUUAGAUCGUGCCUAUCGAAUCCAAUGUGCUUACGAAGAAUCCGAUCGUACAGUGACCACUAAAUUGGAUGUCAGGUAGUUGGAUUGAGAUCACCCUAUUCCGAAAUGCCAUAUAAAUAUUUAGUCAUCAUUUUUAGCAUGCCCCAGACUGUUGAACUGUCAAAUGAAAUGAGCGCUCCGAAAUGCGAAUAUGUAAUUAAAUCGCGUAACAAGAACACUGCUAGUUCUGUGCAAGUUGGUGAUAUCCUUGAUCACGAAUGGUCAUGCCUCUCUUCGACUGGUGCAAUCAACCAACAAGAAAUGGGGAAGAUGUUCGGAAUGUUGGUCCAUGACUGUUAUAUUGAAGAUGGACAAGGGCAGAAAGCACUGGCCGUUGAUUCUCAUGGCUGUUCCGUGGAUACGUAUAUACUGCCAACACCGAAAUACGAUCAGACUAAAUUGGCAGCAUCUGUCUCGGCAAUGGUCGUCAAGUUUCCGGACAAAGAAUUGAUGACAAUUCAAUGCGCCAUCAGUGUUUGCAUGAAAGAGUUGGGGAAAUGUGACGAGGUUACUGUAAGUGGACUUUUAUUUGAUUUAAAGUUAAUUUAGCCGCCAAAAUGUGGCAAGGAGUUGCGUCGAGUGAAAAGAAAGGCUGAUUUGGAGGAUGGGUGGGUUCUGAGCAGUCCCCAACUGACAGUGCUGGAUCCAGACACCAAUAUAACAAGUUCCGAUGGCAAGUCCUUCAUUUAUCCAAUUUAUUUUGCUUUAGAAUGGUCAACGUUUCUUGAAUCACGUGAACUUUCCCUUCCUCAAACAUUUGAAUUGUCCGAGUUUUGCUUGUCCAUCAAAGGAUUCGGCUUUCUGAUCGCCUCAAUGACAUUCAUCGCCACGAUUACAUUAGCCAUGAUUCUAUCUGCAUUCCUUUUACGGCCGCAAGGAAAAUGCUAA